AUGCCAGAUUAUCCAGGUCUCGGCCUUCCCCUACACUAUGAUCCACAGAGAGUCUCCGACAACACAAGUCAUUAUCCGAUUGGUGCCCAUCAAGGCUGUUGGGGUGCAAAUUCGAAACUAAUUCAUGUCCGAGAGCUUGCCAUGAUGAGCAUUAUGGAACGUCUCACGGAUAAGGAAGAGUGGCAUAAGAAAAUCUUCAACGAGUACAUUGUGUCCAAGUGGCGUGCAGAAGCUCUAGACAUCCCAGACGAACAAUUUUGGAUGAUGGCAAUUCGUGAUAAGCAACAAACUCGGAACUACGACGGCAUGAUUCACUUGAGUCAUGAUAACCUUGACAGAAAAAUAGAGGAUAUCAUGGACACCAGUACUUUUGAUUGUUGUAUCGAAGAACUUCGAAGUAAGGCCAAAUAUUAUGAAAAAACCAGUGUCAUUCCAACUCUUGACGCCUGUGCAUCUGUUGCCAAAUCCGAUCAUUUGGUCUCUACUGAGCUCCAUGGAUCUCUGCGCGAGGCGUUUGAUACGCUUAAGAGGGAUCAAUAUUCAUCACUUGACUGGCAUCCCAACUCGAGUGACAUGGUUCAAGAUCUCGUACAUCCUUCAAUGUACCCUUUAAUCUACGGUCGUAGUCGAGUCAUGAAGGAUGAAGUCGUUGGAGUCAAUGACGCCAUCGAGAAAUGGGCAGGAAAAGGUGAAAUCAUCCCGUUGGGAGGGGCAAGCUACGAGCAAACAAGUGCCACUAAGGGAUAUCAAAGUUGGGGCGCAGGACAAAAGCAUUACUGGUCAAACAAGUAUCAAUGGUUGCCUGCAAAUUUAGCCUUCCAAGAAAAUGGAACAGUCAAAUUUACCAGUUACAUCAACAACAUUCAUCCAACCAAGUACCCUGAGAUUUACCGCACAAUUGAAAAGUUAGUCGAGACCACUCUUCCCUUAUGGAAUCAAUGUCUUGCUAUUGAUAUCGACUACGAUAAAAAAAUAUGGUGCGGGAAGACUAGAGCCUCGGUUCCCAUACCCUGA